GAGGGGAGGCAGCUUUCUGGAAGCUCCUGGUGACAGAGCGGGUGUUCGCUGUCCUGACUGGCUGGGAGAGCCAAACUGUCUCCGGCAGCAAUAUGGGGCCUACCCUGGCAGUCCCCACCCCGUACGGCUGCAUCGGCUGUAAGCUGCCACAGCCAGACUACCCACCGGCUCUAAUCAUCUUUAUGUUCUGCGCAAUGGUUAUCACUAUCGUCGUAGACCUGAUCGGCAACUCCAUGGUCAUCUUAGCUGUGACGAAGAAUAAGAAGCUUCGAAAUUCUGGCAACAUCUUCGUCGUUAGCCUCUCCGUGGCCGAUAUGCUGGUGGCCAUCUACCCCUAUCCUCUGAUGCUGCAUGCCAUGGCCGUUGGGGGCUGGGAUCUGAGCCAGUUCCAGUGUCAGAUGGUUGGAUUCAUCACAGGGCUGAGUGUGGUCGGCUCUAUCUUCAACAUCAUGGCAAUUGCCAUCAAUCGUUACUGCUACAUCUGCCACAGCCUCCAAUAUGAGCGGAUCUUCAGCGUGCGCAAUACCUGCAUUUACCUGGUCAUCACCUGGGUCAUGACCAUCCUGGCAGUCCUGCCCAACAUGUACAUUGGCACCAUCGAGUAUGAUCCUCGCACUUACACCUGUAUCUUCAACUAUCUCAACAACCCUGUCUUUGCUGUGACCAUCGUCUGCAUCCACUUUGUCCUCCCUCUGCUCAUAGUGGGAUUCUGCUACGUGAGGAUCUGGACCAAAGUGCUAGCAGCCCGUGACCCAGCUGGGCAGAAUCCCGAUAACCAGCUUGCUGAGGUUCGCAAUUUUCUAACCAUGUUUGUGAUCUUCCUCCUCUUUGCAGUGUGCUGGUGUCCUAUCAACGUGCUCACUGUCUUGGUGGCUGUCAGUCCGAAGGAAAUGGCAGGCAAGAUCCCCAACUGGCUUUAUCUUGCAGCCUACUUCAUAGCCUACUUCAAUAGCUGCCUCAAUGCUGUGAUCUACGGGCUCCUCAAUGAGAAUUUCCGAAGAGAAUACUGGACCAUUUUCCAUGCUAUGCGGCACCCUAUCCUGUUCCUCUCUGGCCUCAUCACUGAUGUUCGUGAGACUCGGGAGGCCCGGGCCCUGGCCCGUGCCCGCGCCCGGGCUCGUGACCAAGCCCAUGAACAAGAUCGUGCCCAUGCCUGUCCUGCUGUGGAGGAAAUGCCAAUGAAUGUCCGGAAUGUUCCACUACCUGGUGAUGCUGCAGCUGGCCAACCUGAGCCUGCCUCUGGCCACACCAAACCAGCUUCUGGCCACUCCCGGGCUGCCUCUGCCUACCGCAAAUCUGCCUCUGGCCACCAUAAGUCUGUCUUUAGCCACUCCAAGCCUGCUUCUGGCCACUCCAAAUCUGCGUCUGGUCACCCCAAGUCUGCCACUGUAUAUCCUAAGCCUGCCUCUGUCCAUUUCAAGGCUGACUCUGUCCAUUUCAAACCUGCCUCUGUCCAUUUCAAGGCUGACUCUGUCCAUUUCAAGCCUGCCUCCAAUCACCCUAAGCCUGUCACUGGCCACCACAUUCCUACUGGCAGCCACUCCAAGUCUGCCUUCAGCGCUGCCACCAAAUACCCUAAAACCACGACUGGCUACAUCAAGCCUGCCACCACCCACCCUGAGCCCACUGUUGCUGAUAAUCCUGAGCCUGCUGCCACCAGCCACCCUGAGCCAGCAAUUGCUGGCCACCCGGGGCCUGCCGCUGCCAGCCACCCUGAGCUCACUGUGUCCUGUCACCCUGAGACCACUGCCGCCGGCCACUUUGAGUGUGAUGUCACUGAUCUCCUUGAGCCUGUCUACAGCCCUGACAGUGGGUCCCCUGAGCCUGCUGCCAGCCCACUGGAACUUGCCACUGCCUCCCACGGUCCUGACCCCACUGUGAUCACCACUACCACCAGUGAUUAUCAUAAGAUUGUGAUCAUUGAUGUUGAAGCUGAUUCUGAUGAAAUGGCUGUGUGAAUAAUGCUCUUAAGGGUGGCCAGGAAGCAGUCCACUUUCAAGUUUGUUUAGAAUAUGUAAUUCAAAGUGAGAUAACUUACUGCACCUACACACAGACACACAUAGACAUGCCCUCACAGACGUGGUGUAAGCUACAUCCACCUUGUAGGCAUACUCCUUCUUUACAGAACAUACUUUGAAAAAGUGUAUGUGUGUGUGCGCGCGCGCAUGUGUGCGCUUGCUAUUUUAGAGACAAAACCUCCCCCAAGUUUCACAUCUGUUCUUCUGAGCCUCCUUUUCGUUCUAUAGUUGACCUUGAGCCAACAGUGAUCCUUAAAAUUUUAGAGUUGAUUUUUUUCUCACCCUCGUAUCCCCUUUUCUCCCCUCUCUUCAUUUCCUCCUCUCAGUUCCUGCUUUAUUCUCUCAUUCCCCCGCCAGUGGGGGGGGGGGGGAAGGGGAGGAGUGCUUCUGUAAGUAAA